GGCCCAACGGCUCGAUUGGUGUUGAUAUCAAUUUUGCAAAAUUGUUAUCAGAAAUAUUUGGCACGGAUUUCAUCACACAAUUUAAGUGCAAACGUCCGGCCGGUUAUGUCGACCUCAUGGCUGCCUUCGAGGCCAGGAAGAGGAGCGCCAGUCCUUCACAGACCACCACAUCUAAUAUAUCCCUUCCCUUCUCUUUUAUAAACUUUUUCAAAAAGUUAAAGGGAAUGACAGUGGAGAAUGCAGUGAAGAAGUAUACAGAAGGGAAAGGCAUCAGCUAUUGCUCUAAGUUAGGAAUGCUUCGGUUGGAGCCAUCAGUGAUGCAACAGUUGUUCGCAUCGGUCACCAAACAGAUCAUUGUCCACAUCUGGGAUAUACUCAAUAGUAAAGCAGUCAAAGACGUCACAUAUCUAUUCCUCGUCGGAGGUUUCGCUGAGUCACAGAUACUUCAGUCUCACAUCAGAAACGCGUUCACAUCACGACUCAAAUUAAUUAUCCCUCAGUCGCCGAAUCUGGCGAUACUUCGCGGC